CGAUACAGACUGUGAAAAGCUCGGUGCCUUAUGGAUACUUCUGCAAGCCAAUUCAGUGAUUGAUAAGUAGAAGGCAGGUGUGCUUCGCUUGCUUUGGUGCGACAGGUGCGACAACGAAGGAAUACUGAUUUUUCCCGCUACCCACUCGAUGACAGGUAUAAGCACUCAACCCAUAUCUGCUUCAGAAUAGCAUCUGCAUGGAUACAGUAGAAUGGAUAAGCCACUCAGAGUGAUUGGAGCAUCAUCUUUCGACCUAGCAGCUGCACAAGUUCCUUUGUGGCGGGUCAACCAGGCGCCUACAGAAGCAGCAAAGGGAUAUGGACAUAUUCUCUGUCAUGCUGGAUCUCUGAAUGUGUGUGCUUGUGCAGCCAAUAUACUGUUGUUCUACUGUGAAAUCUUCCACGUGAGACAUCAGCUAUCAGUGAAUGCAAAGUUGCUUCGGCAUAUCAUUCGAACUUCAGAAACAAUGUUCAUAUAACAAGAGAUGAACUGAGUUCUGAGGCUGGAACAACAUAGAAGGGACAGAUACAGAUAGGGACAGAUAGAUUUUGAAAUAUCUCGAAAAAUGAAGCAAUUUGUGUAACAGAAACAACCAACGCUUCCGCAUUUUAUUUAUUUCACUCGACGCGAACGAAAAUCCAGAACCGCCAAAGCGGGGGAGAGGGUAGAUAGUAGAUAACAGAUUAGAGAGGGAAAGCAAAAAAGCUACUCAACUGUCGUCAAACGAUUGGCCCAACGCUAGAGGUCACGUGAGUUUUUCCCGACAAUAGAAAUAUACCACACGUUCAUCCCCCGUGAGUCCGCGCCUUUGCAUUUAUCAUUCCGAAACUUUAUCGUGCAGCCUAGCACUCGGGAAUACGUGUGACAAUACUACACGAACGUACAUUCCAACACGAUCUCUGUAGUUAUCGAAAGGCUGCAGCGGCGAGGUGACUGUAAGUAGUGCUUUGAUCACCGUUUUUCACUCUCUGUACGCCGCAGUCGAGACAUUAGAAUGCCGACCAUGCGGGACUGUUCGCUCUGCCGAACAAAGUGCGUUGCCGUUUGGGUAACGGAUCCUUGCAAGCACGAAGCCUGUUACAAGUGUCUCACGUCCCGCGGCAACAUCACCACUUGCUUUGCAUGUGGAAGAAAUGUCGAAUUCCUCAGGUGUCCGGGUGCUCCAUAUGGAUGUCAGUUCAGCACUCGUAGUCGGGGAACGUGGAAGCAACACGAGGUCAAGUGCACGUUCCUCCCCGUGGAAUGCCCGUACCAGUGUGAGGCUAUUCUACUCAAGAAAACGCUUAGUCGCCACAUGACCAGCGAGUGCCCACUACGGCUUGCAACUUGCGAAUACUGUCACGACAGCGUGUUCGAAGCCGAGCUUGACGAUCAUGAGGAGUCUUGUCCGGAGGAGCCCAUCAGGUGCUCAUUUUGUCACCAAGGAAACAUCAGACGGGGUCGCCUGCCGGAUCACGCUAAAACAUGCCAGGAGACUCCUAAGCAUUGCCCUUUGAAUAAGUAUGGAUGUGGCUUCGUGGGACUGGACACUGUCAUGGAUGAACACCUGAACGUCAAAAACCAUGUCCCGUGCUUCGAGAAACUAAACAAGGGCAUGGAAGAACGAGACGCGGAGAUUGCUCGUCUACGAGAAGAACGAGACGCGGAAAAUGCUCGUUUACGCGCAUACGUCGACACCCUGAAGAAUGAGAUGAAGGAAUUUUUCUCGGAUGGUGUCGUGCCGUUUGACAAACAACUGAAAUGGACGGCGAUCCCAGAACGUUGCAGGAACGGCGGAUGGAACUAUGGAUCAUCUAGUGAUCUGAAGUCAUGUUUGCUGACAAGCCCCAUAUACAAACAUCGCAACACAAAGACCUCGUUCUGCUUCACUUUGACAAUUGUUUGCGAUGAGUACUCGACGUCUGCAACAUUGAGGCAAUGUCUCCUUGCACAAGAAGACUCAUCUAAAAACGAACAAUUCACGGUAAAGGUUGAAAAGAAGUCCAGCCGAGUGCUAUGUGAGGUUUCAAGAAAGGAAAGAAUUGCAUGCAAAGAUCAGGAACUCAUGUCUUGGUCACCUGGAUGUGAACUUUUUUACAUAGUAACGUGCAUUCAGGAUAACAAUACUUCUUUUGUGGCUCGCAGUCCAGUAAGGCGACAAUGAAACUUAUCAGCAAUUUCUGCACUAUUGAGUAUUGUUAGCAGAGAGCAUGAAGUGGAUAUAUUGAGUAGUUUAAGAAACGAAGGCAGAAAAAAUAGGCGAUGUCAAGUUGCCGGUGGUGAGUAAAUCAAAGAGUGAUAUUAAACGGUAGGAACAACUUAUUUAUUUACACAUGGUAAACAAGAAGUGCAGUCUCGUGCACGAAAGUCUUGUUUACCAUGUGUAAAUAAAUAAGUUGUUCCUACCGUUUAAUAUCACUCUUUAGUUUAAGAAAGAUAGAAAAAUGUGGCAGCACAAUUAGCUUUACAAAUAGGCCCAGUAGGAAAUUAACAUUGUCAGAUUUAAGAAAGGAUAGUGCAGGAAAACACUUUUGUAGGUAGCCAGCAAUUUGUUUUAUAUUUUUGGGAAAAGUUUACUCUAACAGUUCUGAGCAUAGAGGAACUUAUAUAUUGUUACCCAUUGUGUACUCAUGUAACAACUUUGUUUUGGUGCUUAUGAUUGGUGCGCAUGCUCCUGUAAGUUGACUAGUAAAUGUUUGUUAUCACUACUGUGCAGAAAAUUAUUUCAACUUUACCAUGAUAAUCCAUAUCAACUAUACUCCUCAAUCAUCGACAUGAGGAUGAAGACUCUCUUCUUUCACAACAAAAUCUGAAAGAAGUAGUUCAUCCUAUGCACAGACUUUAACCUCAUAAUAAUCCAUCGGACUUUUAUAUAAUGCAUCUGCUCCCUUUUGAGUGCAGCUCCAGAUAUGUGCAGGAUGCUUUGAAAACUGUAUCCAAAAUGCUCUCCUAAACGAACAACACUCAAUGUAUAGUACAACCCAGAAACCAAAGUAGAUAGAGUAGAAUACCAAAUAUUUCUUUGAGAGACACGUGCGAUAAGGCACUGGAGUAUCAGCCGUGAGCAUAAUUCAAUUUAAAACAAUUACAUAAUAUAUAUACGGCGAGCCUAAACAAUUUGGUGAACUUAUGCUUCGCACUGUCGAUAGAAUUCCUGGGUUUUCGUUAACUGUCGAGUGAAAUUUGUGAAUUAGGUAUGCUUCACGCUGUUGUCUGCUACUGCGGGAGGGGAAACCUGAUUGUAAGAUGAAUGCGGUGACAUCUUUAAAGGAAUGGCCCGGUUCACUGAAGUGUUAGGAGAAAUUUGGUUUCUUCAUUACGUCGGACUCAUGGUUCUUAAAACGAAUUCUGAGUGUUGUGGUAGUUUGGCCAAUGUGUUGUGCUUUACAGAGACUACAUUUUAGUAAAUAUACUACAUUGGAAGAGUUGCAGUUGAAAUUGCCGUUAACUUUAACUCGAAAAUUGGAAUUCGUGCUUUGGACAAUGUCUGUGGUCUGCAUCAUGCUGCAAAUUUGGCAUCUUCGUCCCUCAUGUGGGUGGCAGCCUUUGCUUGUAUGUUGCGGCUUAUUGACUUUAGUACUGACUAAGUGGUACUGAAUAUUUCGUGCACGGCAGUAAGUUAUGCUGGUGGUUCGGGGAAUAUUCUUUUUAGACGUUCAGACUAGAUUGAGUGGUGCCAUUGUAGAAUGCUUUCAAGGUUGGAAACGGCAUGCUAUUACCAACCUUACUUUGAGUAAAGACCAACCUUGUUACUUUUUUGAGCAAAGAAAGGACAUUGAUAACGUGUUCACAAUUAAUGGUGCUAUUAGACGUUUAGUUCGAAGCAGACGUUGCUAACAGAUGUUUCAGGAAAUAAAUUAUAAGCUUUUGUGCGUA